CUCCGGCCCGACUCCGAAGAGCUAUAUAAUUACCCCCUUCUCCCAGCCGUCACGAACCCCUGCCCUCCUCGCGAAAACCCUAACGCCGCCGCUCUCCAAGCCCUCAAGGCUCCAGAUCCCUUCGUCCCGUUAGUCUCUCUUAGGAGCACACGAGAUGGCUGAGGAUGCCCCAGCUGCAGUAGUGCCUGCCCCUGUGGAGGCGCCUACCCCUGUUCUGGGAGAGCCAAUGGACUUGAUGACUGCUCUGCAGCUUGUGAUGAAGAAGUCGAGUGCUCAUGAUGGGCUUGUGAAGGGUCUCCGUGAGGCUGCCAAGGCCAUUGAGAAGCAUGCCGCUCAUCUAUGUGUGCUGGCUGAGGAUUGUGACCAGCCUGAUUACGUGAAGUUGGUUAAGGCACUAUGCUCUGAACACAAUGUUCACCUUGUUACAGUGCCUAGUGCUAAAACUCUUGGCGAGUGGGCAGGGCUUUGCAAGAUUGACUCUGAGGGCAAGGCAAGGAAGGUUGUAGGCUGCUCUUGCGUUGUUGUCAAGGACUAUGGUGAAGAAUCCGAGGGCCUUAACAUCGUGCAGGAGUAUGUCAAAUCGCACUAGACGAAAUGAAUGUUUCGCCAUCCAGAACUUGUGUUAGGCAUUUUGGUCCUGGGUUUAAAUUUAUGGUUUGUUUGUGGGCUCACUAAGAUAUCAUUACAAUUUUCGACUGUGAGCCUAGUAGAUGUCAGCUGUUUGGACCUCUGAACCUUUGUUUAUCAAGGCAGCUGCUUUUACUGUGUCAAUCAUCAUGAGCUGAGAAUCUAUUUAUCUUUGCAUUAUCA